CCGUGCACAGGCGUCAAGCACAAAGCCGUCGCGACGUCAAUAAUAACAAUGUCAUGACUCUUACAAUAACGGCGAGAGACUGACUAUUGUUGACCAGAGGUAGAAGGCUUAGUGCAAGUGCUAUUCCUCAGGAUCACCCUCGCUGCGCCGCCAAAUUUCUGCGACAUGGCGAAGGUCAAGCUUCCAAAGCCAAAGGGCAUCCCGAAUAAGCACUUGCAUGCGCGGACCACGUUCCUCUACCAGGCUGCCACCUACUUGACUUUACACUCUACUGCCAGCAAAGAGAGUAGUCAAGGAGCUGUGAACACCUCAGGAACAGACCAAACUCUACCACCAUCACCUCUUGCCCUCCAGCUCGGCUCCGACCUCCACACGGUCUCAAGGAAGGCUCAGCUCCGCCUAUCUAUUGACUUGAAGCGCUCCAUGUGCAAGAGUUGCAACGCGAUAUUGAUACCUGGACACACCGCAACGCAGACGAUUGUGAAUGAGAGCAAGGGUGAGCGCAAACCAUGGGCCGAUGUUCUGGUCAUCAAUUGCAAGCGCUGCGGUAGCAAGAGAAGGAUGCCUGUUGGCGCGAAAAGACAGACAAAGAAAAGGGACCGGCUCGCGGUUCUGGAUACUGCGGCGACGAGCGACAUGGAAGGUGUCGAAUCGACAACGUCGGUGCCAACUGCCGCAGAGAAUACUCCUAGUUCAGGAUGAGUCAAUGCUUGCAUAUUCGCCGUUCUUACCAGACGUGAGCUCUUUUCAGUUCAUGUCCGAUAUUAAGCGUGGACUCCUAUUGAACACGAACUUUCAACUGUGGCCACCCAGCACCUGUGG